UGGAUAUUGUGAAAUAAUAUUUCUUUGAAUCAUUUAUCCUUCUAAAUGAAGACGAUGGCUGCAUGGCUCUGCCUUUGCCUUUUACAAGAUGGGAAAAACAGAUAAAAAAAGUCUAAUUUAUGUUGUCUCAAGUUGUCUGUGCUUUGAAUGGAGGAUUUUAUUUUUGUGUGUGAGUGAGUCUCUGUUCGUCAAUUUGGCUGACGUAUUUUAAGACUGUAGUUUGUGAGCUCUUUAGAUAUUUAAUUUAUUUUUAAAUCUUCAGUGCAAUAUGGAUUUCUUCGAAGUGAAGUUAAAAAUGAAAUGGUGUCUAUUCGCAUGCGUUUUGGUUGUGGCUAAUGCUCUCACCAUUGAAGCACAAUCAGCGUAUGAACCAGACCUCGUAUUGGAAUAUACUGAUUCAAACCAAGUACAGUCAGCCAUAGUGCUGCUUGACUCCCACGUCAGACAGAGACGGGACGCGCCGACGCCGUCUCCCUCUCCCUCGCCCGCGCCGGCGGUCACUGCCGCGAAUGUGACGCACCCGGCAGGGUCAACGACCGUCCUAGCCACCCCCACGGUACCUUCAGCGGGGACUACAGCUUCCACCGCGCCGGCAAACGUCUCAGCAGCGGCUUCCGCUGCCCCCAAGACUAACGCUACAAACGACAUUAAUAGGACGACCAAGUUAGAAAAGCCGACGAGCACUCCAGUGGCGGUGGUGACGCAGGUGCCCAUCCUGGGGGCCAACGGAACGGGCCAGCGCUGGACCAACCUAUCCGACACCACACCCAAAGUCAGCGAUCCUAUAUCAGCUGAUGACAAUUUUACGAAUGUGUUCGAGACCCCGGAGAUGGUUAGAGCUGAAAGAAACUUCAGCGCCUUGAAAUACGACAACCACACGUUCUACAACAGCUCGUUCAUCGGCGACCCGAAGUACUUCGCGGAACACUGGGCGAACAUCACCGCCACGCCCGCAAAGCCCCACGACAUGCUCAGCCACUCCUACAGGAAGGCCACGACGGUGCAGCUGAGCUUCCGGUUCCCGUUCUACGGGCAUUGGAUCAAGUCAGUGACGGUGGCGACGGGCGGGUUCGUGUACACGGGCGAGCACACGCACUCUUGGCUCGCGGCCACGCAGUACAUCGCGCCGCUUAUGGCCAACUUCGACACGUCGCUCACGAACCUCAGUCGCAUCACGCUAGCCGAUGACGGCGAGAAGUUCACCGCGUUUUGGGAGCAGGUGGCGCUGCGUGAACACCCCAGCCAACUUUUCACGUUUGCCGUGACGCUGUACAACAACGGCGACAUUGCGUUCGCGUACAAACAGAUACCACUCGCAGUGAACGAAAUCAACGAUACCGCACACCCUGUCAAAAUCGGCAUCAGCGACGCAUACUUCACCGACAAGAUCAUAUUCUACGUGAGACGGAAGACUGUGUACGAAUACCACCGCGUCUCGUUCAAGCACUACGAAGUGACUAAUGGCACCGUGCUGCGGCUCACGGCGCUGCCCACCUGCCUGCAGUACUCCACCUGCACAUCUUGCCUCAACCAUAACACAAGCUUCCCGUGCGCGUGGUGCGAGAACAUUAAGAAAUGCUCCGGCGGCACUGAUAGGAACAAGCAAGACUGGACGCUUAGAAGCUGUGAGCACACGCUGGUGAAGAACGCGUCGUCUUGCCCGGCCGAAACUGGCGGUACAGGACGCACCGUAGUAGUCGACCACUCAACAGACCACUCCAACGAGACGCAAGCGGGCGGCGGUUACGUCACCGACGGGCGUAGUGUGCACGACGCCGAUGUCAGGACGCUGAACUUACCGGAGCGGAAGGCGGUGGGAGGUUCCGAUGCGCCGCACGCGCAGCCUUCUAGCGUGGUAGGCGAGCCGGUGCAGUCAGCGGGCGCAGGCGGUAGCGCGGUAGGCGGCGUGGCGGUGGCUUGCGCAUGUGUGGCACUAGUGUUCGCACUCGCCGCGUGGGCGUUGUACGCGUUCAGAAACCCGCAUACUCGCAGCGGACAGCUGUUUAUCAAGUACCGGCCGUCUCAAUGGAACUGGCGGCGAGGCGAGGCGCGCUACACCGCCGCCACCAUCCACAUGUAGGCGCACACACGCCGUCCACAUGGCGACCACACGGUGUCUACACGCUGCCGCCGCUGACCUCCCGACACGGUGAAAUCUUGCUAGCACAAUAACUAAACAUCGAUAUGAUCAAAGAUUUCAAUCCUUAUUACCUAAGAAUUGGACAUAUUUGCCUUGAUUUUCCAUAAUUAUGAGUAUUAUGGCGAUAUGACUUGUCGUAUUUGAUAUUUUGACAGCAGAUUAUCCUUAUCAUACUCUAUAGGGAGUAAAAUGGAGAAAAUGUUGUCUAUAUAUAUAUCUUAUAAAUAACAAAUACGAAUAGCUUUGUAAAGUACCGGAAUUUAAUUCUUUUUAUUAAGUAGUGCAUAUAGAUCACGUUUGAGGUCUAACAAAAUUAUUUCCAACUCUCGCUAACCUAUUCUGAUUGUACGUACAGUAUCACUCUUUGACUGAAUUCGAAAGGAAGUCACUUAUAUCACGCAGCGGUAGUAUUGCUAUCGUCACAUUUUUUAAUUGAAAUCUUCGAAAAUAGUAGCAACAUCAUAAACAUAUUGACUAUUUAAAAACCAGACUACUCCAUGUUUUCAGAUGAUGACAAAAUGAGCAAAUUUGACUCUAUGCUUAAAUGAUAAUCGAAGCGAGAUAGUGAUCUACGAAACGAAUAACUGUAUCUCACUUCCGCAAUAUACAUAAUAACUUAAAAAAAACUGAUCCAUGUGGUUAUGUCUCAGCUUACAUUCAAAACUAGGCAGAUUUAGAUGAUGACAAAGUAAGCAAAUUUGACUCUAUGCUAAAAUGAUAAUCGAAGCGAGAUAGUGAUCUACGAAACGAAUAAAUGUAUCUCACUACCGCAAUAUACAUAAUAACUUUAAAAAUAAAUAACUGCUCCAUGUGGUAAUGUCGCAGCUUACAUUCAAAACUAGGCAGCAUUAGAUGUUGACAAAGUGAGCGAAUUUGACUCUAUACUAAAAUGAUAAUCGAAGUGAAAUAGUGAUCUACGAAACGAAUAACUAUAUCUCGCUUCCGCAAUCACGAUCUAGUUUGGAUUUCGUAUUGAGCAUGAUGACGGGGUAAAGUAAACGAAAUUCUAUUUAGUCCGUCACUUAGAUGAUCAAAAAAUAAUGGACACGUAUUUUUUCUUUGGGCAAUCAACCAAAAAAUGACAAAUAUAAAGCGCGUCAAAGUUUGGCAGUAGGGCCUCGUGACGUCAUGCAACUUUUCAAAUCAAUAUAUCUCUACAAUGUUUUUAUUAUGUGAAAAAAGAAAAAAUAUGUGUCCAAUACUUUUUUGUUAAUCUACCUGAUAAACGAAUAAAAAAAAUUAGACAUCAUCCAUUCGACUCUUGUUAAAAAUAUUCUUUCAACUAACUCUUUAUCGCAGACAUUAUUUUAGUAUAGAUUUUAGUGUUAAAGAUUUCCCAACGUUGCUCUUUGCCUAUUAUAUACACUAUAAAUUAAGUGUUUUUAUUAAAAAGAAUAUGUUAAUGCAUUAUUGAACUACUUAAGUAUCAAUCAGAUAUUGUUUUAUUGUAAAAAAAAUAUUUCACAACAUUAUAUUAUAAUAACUAACUAAAAAACUGAUAUUGUACAUAAAAUACAAGCAUUAUUUUUCUGUUCCGCUCCACCUUGAAAUCGAAUGCAAGGUGAUUGCGACAUUGUUUAAUAAGACAUUUCAAUUGUCAAUUCGCGUUAACUAUUUGUUAAUUUGACGACAGUCUCACCUUUUCAUUGUCUAUAGAGUGUGAUAAGGACAACCAACUGUCAAAAUGACAAAUAGCAAACACGAAGAGCCAAAUUAAGUAUGCCGGCAUAAAAUACGUGUUAUUACAAUUUGGAGGAAAUCAGCUUGAAAUUUAAAGUGUGAUAAUAAUUAAAUCAGGCAAGGUGGAGGUCAGUCAGACAUGCUUUAGUUAGUAUGAGAGCUUGCGUAUUAUAAAUACGUCGCUAUAUAAUUUAUACAGGUCGCCAGUUUAUAUUCUAUCUAGUGAGAUUGUAAAUGUCAAUAGUUUUUGAACGGACACUUCGAUUUACAAUGACUUAAGGUCGGUAAAUUACUAUCUACAGCUAGCUGGCAGUUUUCGAAAGAUUGUGAAGCAAACAAUUUAAGACUCCUUGUAUUCUGUUUUUCUUAUAAAUCUGUGCUGAUUCCUAUUCUUUACUUUACAUUUAUAACCUUUAAACCUUCACUUUAUUUCAAUAAAUAAUUACCAGUCCUUCGAUUAUAAAUUACAUAAAAAAAUACAUAAUUAUACUAAAAAAUAGCAUUUAUUAUAUCCUUUCACAAUCCAUCUACUCGUACAUUGAAAACAGCUAACGAUCUGUACAAAUUAUAAAGUGCAUCUAUAUAAAAUAUACCCAUACCUUCAUUUAUGUGUAGAAACAAAUUGUAGGAUACAAGCGACACUGUGCCUUGAAUAACAGAUAUUAAGAAAUUAAUUGUAAACAAGCAAAGUUGAAUAUUUGUAAAUGAAUUUAUAACUAGAUAUAUUAUCAAGUCCAUUUUUAUAAGGAAUGUAAAUUGAGCUGUUUAAUAUGACGGAUCAACAGACUGUACGUGUCGGUGUGCAAUAUAUAUUUUGUGUUAGGAGUGUUGAUCUCUAGGGUAUAAUCGGCUUGUUGCUUAAAAUUUUUGAAAAAUAAGAACCUUUCUUUUAUGUAUUGGUGUUCACCCGCUUAGAGUUUAUUACUAUUUGUAUACCUAUACCAUGUUAUGUACACAUAACAUGGUAUAUAAAUAUUUAUCUAUAAUCACUAUGAAUUAUAACAUGGAAACCGGAUUUAUGUCGUGUUGGAUUCGUUAUGCCUUCAGACACGUUUGUACAAAACUGAUACAAAAUUUAGUAAUGAAGUGAUAGUUGUACACAGAACACAGCCUUAUAGCGGGGGCAGGCGCGUCAUAGUUAUGUGUGAGCAAAUGCUCAUAACUUGACCAAAACUUGGUUCCGGCUGCGUCGUUGCUCUCGGGCGGAAGCGCUAAUUCGUUUGAUUGUUUGAUGUCGCGUCGUUUGAUUGGCUAUUAUCUAUAAGGUGGAAGUGUAGUGGGGGCGAGCCGGCGACAUCGGUUCCCGUGCAAACAGUCUAUGAUCACCCUUCUAACCCCUUUUUGUGUAGUUGUAGGAUAAACAACACAUAUCGUAAAUAUCGACUUUGUUAGGUAGAUAGUGCCUCGAGUGGCGCACAGUAGCGCGCUGCUCAUCCUCCGUCCCGCUCCUACUUUGAGCAAAAUAUAUAAAAUUAAUGGACAUUCAUAAAUUAUUCUUACUAUUUACGUUUACGAUGAAUAUUAUACGUAUUCUAUUAUAGUAUGCAGAAUACUCGAAUAUUUUGUAUAUUUUAAAACGAAAAAUCUCUACGAAUCUCUCGAAUUCAGAUAGCUCACUCUGCAACAAAAAAGUUAUCUAAACAUAUGUUGUAAAUGAUUUAAAUCAAUGAACUGUUUGAUGUGUUAACAUCGACAAAAAUCCUUUUCUACUGUUGAUUUGUGAUUUUUUGCGUUUGUCCUAUUGUAACAAGUUUACAUUCAUAGUUAAAAAAAAGUUGACUAUUUUAUGUCUUUAUAAGCAAAAUAAAAGUUUAUUAUAAAAUCAUAGUACUUUAUAAGAAAUUUUCCAAAAAAUGUAUUAUCUUAAUAAUUUCAUUGUGCAAUAGGUAUUGACACAACACCGGAUCAAAUCAUUGAAAGGGUUAUUAUGAAUGAAAAUAUUUAGUGUUUUUAAGUACCUGUGAUUAGUAUUUGUUCUUAUGACAGCAGUGACUCUAAAAUUGUAUAAACAUUGUAUAUGUGUAUAAAACAAAAUUUUCUUAAAUCAAACUAAAAAAGCUAUAUGAAUUUGUAUAAGUUAUGAGCUUAGUAAUUAAAUUAUUUACAUUUCACUAACACAGAAAAUUUAUCGAAAAGUGCCUUUGAAACUAACGAUACGCAUUUAAAAAAACAGGGAAGCCAGAUUUAUAUAAUAAAUAAUAUUUUCGUCUGGUAACGUUUAUAUAAUAAUAACAAAUCGAUGGUAGUCUUUAAGUGGUUAUAAGUUGCAGCUGAUUUCGGCAUUAUAAAUACGUUAUAUUUUUAAAUGAUUUAUACUUUUGAAUGUCAUAUCUCCACUAUUAUCUAUUGUCUCACACUUAAAGAGCCCUUUUACAAAAUUGCGCCGCUGCCGUACUGAUCGGCGCGUAGGAAGAUUUGCACUAGUAUAUAU